UCUUCUUCUUCUUCUUCUUCACCAUUACUGCGUGAAGCUUGAACCCUGAAAUUCCGCCGGCCACGAUCCGUCACCGCAUCCAAACUUCCGGCUCCGGCGGCCUCUCUCUCCCGGAGCUGUGCCCGCGACAUGGACAAGGACAACUUUGGCGAGGAGGAGAUGUCCCGGCGAGUCCAAGUCCGGUUCGUCACGAAGCUGAAGCCGCCGUUGAAGGUCCCCUCCGCUUCCAUCGCAAUCCCCGCGAACCUCACCCGAUUGGGCCUCUCCACCGUCGUCAACAAUCUCAUCCAAUCCGGGAGCCCGGAUUGGAAUGCGGAGCCGUUUGAUUUUCUGAUUGAUGGCGAGCUCAUCCGGAUGUCGCUCGAACAGUUUCUUCUUGCCAAAGGCAUUUCCGCGGAGAAGAUAUUGGAGAUAGAGUACAUUAGAGCCAUAGCCCCACGAAAAGAGGAAGAUGCAUCUGAACAUGAGGAUUGGGUUAGUGCAGUCGAUGGGUCUAAUCCUAAGUUCAUUUUGACAGGAUGUUAUGAUGGUUUAGCAAGGGUAUGGGAUGCUCCCGGAUCAUGCAGUCAUAUAUUAGGAGGACACGGUGAUGCAAUUACUUCUGUCAGCGUCGUCGAUCAGGAAGGAGCUGAGAGUGUUUGCGUGGCAACUGCAUCAAAAGACAGGACGCUAAGGUUGUGGAAGAUUCAUACCGAGGCAUCUCUUAAUUCUUCUGUGACGAUAAGGGCAUUUAAAAUUCUGCGGGGGCAUAAAGCAUCAGUCCAAAGUGUUUCAGCGAGAUCUGCUGGAGACAUGAUCUGUUCUGGUUCUUGGGAUUGUACUAUUAAUUUGUGGAACACGAAGGAGUUGGGUGCAGACGAUAAUCCUGUGACAGUCAAGAAGAGAAAAGUUAAUAAUCAAGUUGAGGAAUCUCAAAUGGAGGAGGAAGCCGUGUCUACACUUGUAGGCCAUACACAAUGUGUAUCUUCAGUGAUUUGGCCACAACCGGAGACAAUUUAUUCUACUUCAUGGGAUCACUCUGUGAGACGGUGGGAUGUUGAGACUGGCAAAGAUAUGUUGAACAUAUUCUGUGGGAAAGCCCUCAAUUGCCUUGAUAUUGGUGGUGAAGCCUCUGCUUUGAUUGCUGCUGGAGGUUCUGAUCCUGUUCUCAGGAUAUGGGAUCCUCGCAAACCAGCAAGUUCGGCCCCCAUCUUCCAGUUUUCCUCGCACGCUUCUUGGAUAUCGGCUUGCAAGUGGCACGAUAAAUCUUGGUUUCAUCUACUUUCAGCAUCCUAUGAUGGGAAGAUAAUGCUAUGGGAUUUGAGAACUGCUUGGCCUCUGGCUGUCAUUGAUUCUCACAAAGAUAAGGUAUUUUGUGCAGACUGGUGGAGAGGUGAUUGCGUGGUUAGUGGCGGGAUGGACUCAAAACUGCGGGUUUCUUCAGGGAUACCUAUCCAAUGAGGUCCUCAAUAUAAUCAUGGGAUCAUCUGGUGAAAUGCUGCAAUCGUGCUUUUGCCAAUGUUUUUACUCAAUUUAUGUGAGAGCUCGAUUGGGAUUCGGGAAUUCUAGUAAUCAUCCGAAGUCCAAAUCUACGAGUUAUUUAUCAAGAGCUCUUGAAGUUAUCCAGCUUUGGUUUGCUAAAACCAAGACUUGCCUUGUGAUAGGCAAUGCAUGGAAAUUCUCUGCGGGCAAACACCAUCAAUCUGUGAGCCUUGACCGAUUGAAGACAAUCUGUAACCCUUGAAAAUGUAUUAGUUGAGUGAGAUGUUGCAGAAGAUAGCUGGAUGUAUAUGCAUCCAAUUUUGCGUAAGCAUGUGCGGGUAUGCUCGUGUUUUUCCCAUGCCAUAUUGUGAGAGAGAAAAGAGGUUAUAUUCAGCAACAAUUUGAUAAUUGCAUCCUGGUAUCAAUUUUAGGUGAAUUUUGUUAGUAC